GAUUUGCUGCACUUCUCACUCUCUGGGAGACACAAGCCCACCCUGCGCUGGCUGGACAAGUGGCUGCAUGCAAGGGGUUAAUGUAAAGAUGUCAUUGCUAAGUGGAGUCGCCUCCCUAUUAUUGUAGCUGUCACUGGAUGAUUGGGAGUGCUCAGAUCUCAUCCCAGCACUGUGUGAGCGGACCUGCACCUCAUCUGCUGGACUCCCUGGCUCCAUGUCCUGCCCGACCCUGAGCCCACAAGAGCGCCAUCCAUAGGCAGCAUUUACCUGGAGACACUGGAGGACGCAGGAGGACCCAUCCACACCUCACAAGGAGAAGAACAAAUGGAGGGGAUCAGCGCCCAGAGGGACCCCAGCUCUCCACCAACCAGCAAGCAGGACACUCAGACCUUCUCGGGGACCAUGAAGCCCAACCAGGUGGGGGAGGCGUGCCUGUACGGGGUGCCCAUCGUAUCCCUGGUGAUAGACGGCCAGGAGCGCCUUUGCCUGGCCCAGAUCUCCAACACCCUACUGAAGAGCUACAGCUACAACGAGAUCCACAACCGGAGGGUGGCCCUGGGCAUCACCUGCGUGCAGUGCACCCCGGUGCAGCUGGAGAUCCUGCGCCGCGCGGGGGCCAUGCCCAUCUCGUCCCGCCGCUGCGGAAUGAUCACCAAGCGGGAGGCGGAGCGUCUGUGUAAGUCGUUCCUCGGGGAGCACCGGCCGCCCAAGCUGCCCGAGAACUUUGCCUUCGAUGUGGUCCACGAGUGCGCCUGGGGCUGCCGGGGGAGCUUCAUCCCGGCCCGGUACAACAGCUCCAGGGCCAAGUGCAUCAAGUGCGGCUACUGCGGCCUUUACUUCUCCCCCAACAAGUUCAUCUUCCACUCCCACCGCACCUCCGACUCCAAGUACACCCAGCCCGACGCCGCCAACUUCAACAGCUGGAGGCGCCACCUCCGCCUAAGCGAUGGCACCGCCUCCGACGAUCUGGCCCAUUCCUGGGAGGACGUCAAGGCCAUGUUCAACGGGGGGACCCGCAAGAGAGCCUUCUCGUCCCCGUCCAGCAGCGGAGGAGGAGGAGGGGGGUCCAGCCGACAACACCUGGAAUUGGCCCCUCCGCCUCCUCCCCCUGCCAAAUCCCUGAGAGUCUCCACGGGGGAGGAAGAACAGGCGACCCGCAGCUUCCCUCUCAUCCCUGUCCCCAGCAAAGGCUUCUCCGGGGUGUUACACAAGAUGACGCCGCCUCUCUUCCCACCCCCGCCGUACGGCUUCCCCGCCUUCAGCCUGUGCGCCAAAAAGGAUGACGGUCUGCCCGACAAGGCCCUGCCCGGGGUCUUCUGGCCGGCCGCUCCGGCCUCUAAGGACUCGGUCUACCCGCACUUCCCGGUCUUCUGGCCAGCGGCUGGGGCCCUGCCAGUACCGCCCUACCCGGGACUUACCCAGCAACCACCUGCCAAGAGCUCCGCGGAGGCCGACGAGUCGGAAGGGGGCGGGGAGGGAGUGGACGAGCCCGCCCGGGAGGAGGAGAGAUCAGGGGACGAGGCCCGGUCCGGAGAGCCGCUCACCCCAAGGAAGCUCCGCUACAUCUCAGCGUUCAGGCCGGUGGUGAAGGCGGCAGAGAGUCUGGCCAAACUGUAUGGGGCGGCCCGGACCACCGGAUACUCCUCCCCCGACCUGCUGAGCGACACCUCCAGCUAUCGCUCUGCCUCCCCGGGACCAGACACCGCGGAGGAGGUAGAUGUGGAGUCCGGCCGCUUCCCCGAGGACGAGAGAGCCAGCCAACCCACACCCCGGUCCACCGCUUCAUCCCCGGCCAGAGACACCGAGGACAGGAGGGAGCCGAGCCCCAGGGGGAGUCCGAACAGCACUACAACCUAUGAGGUUUAUGCAAAGCAGAUGGCAGAGAUGCCUCCGGCCAUGAAGGGUAGCACGCCACACCAAGGCCUCGCCACGUCUUAUCUGUGCAGCAUGGACCCCAAUGAUCACGAUUCCGAGGACAGCCGUUCAACGACUGAAGAUCUGGAGAGCAGGAAGUCAUUCCAAGACCAAAGGAGCCAUUUAUCUCACGCCAGCCCCUUACACCCUGACCGAGGGGAAGAAGACAGUCCGAUCGAUGUCACCGGGACACAUAUUGUAGAAAAAGACAUUGAGAACAUGGCGAAAGAUGAGCUGCAGAAGCUUUUAAUGGAGCAGAUGGAUUUAAGGAAAAAGCUAGAACGGGAAUUUCAAAGUCUAAAAGACAAUUUCCAAGACCAGAUGAAGAGGGAGUUGGCCUACAGAGAGGAGAUGGUCCAGCAGCUGCAGAUUGUGAGAGACACCCUGUGUAAUGAACUGGAUCAGGAGAGGAAAGCACGCUAUGCCAUCCAGCAGAAAUUAAAAGAUGCCGACACCAAGAGCCUGCACAGAGAACUCUUCCUUCAGACCUCCAGUCCGGCCCCGCUGAGCUACAUCUGGGCACCACGAAAGCUGAUGUACCCUCCAGCCCCCUGAGGAAGACAGGGAAUGAUCUCCGCACAAACCAAGCCAUUCCCGGCCUCCAUGUGAAAGACAACCCGCGCGAGACCCGCAAACAGGCUGGGGGGAAGCCUCCCUCCCUGAGACGAUGGGCCAACCUGUAAAUAUUGUACAGUAAACAGCAGGACGUCUGUGCACUGAGGAAUCUGAGCCAGGAAUGAUCCCCCAGAUCAACCAUGUAUUAUAAGGCGUUGUGUAUAAAAAGGACACAUAUAUAUAAUAUAAAUAUAUAUAAAUAUAUAUAUAAAUGACUCUUGCAAAAAAAAAAAAGAAAAAAAAAAAAAAGUUCAAUGUAUUAAUUGUUUUAAAUCCUAUUCCGUAUGUUCCCACCGAACAUCAGUAGUAGCCGACAAGAGGGGUGCUUCUCCGGCACCGGAAGACGUGUGACACUAGAGGGGGGUCCUUGGUGGUAGAGUGGCCACGUGCAAUGGAUAUCUAUGUACUGUGAUUCUUAUUAAAAGCAGUAUUUUUUUAAGUUAUUGGGAUUAUUUUCUAUAUUUGUUUGGUUUUACCAUCUUUUGUAUUUUGGAUGAUGUAAUAAGAGCACUUUAAGGAGAAAUCCGCCAACUUGUGUACAAAAACAGAAACUCCAUUUGUUCUAAAGGUAAAAAAAACAAGCAAAAAAACUGUAUAAGUGAAUUUUGUUCUUAAAUAAAUGAAACUUGCUGCA